CUAAAGUCGGCGUGAGGUGCUCCUUCCUUUGUUGUGUUUGGGGUAGGAACCAAAGUCCCCGUGGAAGUGGCGUGUGAUUUACUGAGCAGGGCCGAGGUGUGCACUCUCCAAACGAGGAAAACACACUUCUAACAGUAGAACUGUGGAGAGACCUGAAGAUGGCAGUUCAGACGCUUCCCAUCCAAUUUGAUGGCGCUUGAGAGGAUCUGCCAGGAAGAAUGGGAACUGCCUGAAUCAAGGUUUGGGAAUAAAGCGGGAGCCAAUGGCUGCGGUGAACCGGGAAUCGAACAAGAGGAGAGCCACGGCUGUGGCAGCCACAGCCAAGGUGCGAGAGGCCACUUUGGCCCUGCUCAUGAGUGACCCAUCGACGGCCUCCCAGAAGAAGAGGCCGUUCCCCUGCACCCUGUGCGAAAAGAGGUUCCAAAGCAAGAGCCACUUAAACGAGCACCAGCGCGUCCACACCGGGGAGCGGCCGUUUCCCUGCACGCAGUGCGGCCUCUCCUUCACCACCCAGCACAACCUGAAGCGCCACCAGACCAUCCACGCCAAGGAGGAUAGCUACCGCUGCCACAAGUGCAGCAUGCUCUUCUGCACCGUGCACAAACAGAGAAAAACCCCCAAGUCACCCACCGCACCCCUGGACAACCCAAAGCCCGACUACGCGAUGCCCCCAACGGACCCCAAGAAGGAGAAGACCAGUCAGGGGCCCUCGACGCCCAAGAGGGCGAAGCGUGCCCGACGCAAGGGGGCGGAUCCCGGUGUGGUGACCUUGCGUUCCGGAAUAAAGCGGGAACCAAUGGCUGCGGUGAACAGGAAAUUGCACGUGAAGGGAGCUACAGCUGUGGCAGCCACAGUCGAGGUGCGAGAGGCCAGUUCAGCCCCGACCGUGGGGAACCCGCCGAAGGCCUCCCAGAAGAAGAGGCCGUUCCCCUGCACCCUGUGCGAAAAGAGGUUCCAAAGCAAGAGCCACUUCAACGAGCACCAGCGCGUCCACACUGGGGAGCGGCCGUUUCCCUGCCAGCAGUGCGAGCUCUCCUUCACCACCAACCACAACCUGAAGCGCCACAGGACCAUCCACGCCAAGGAGGCCAGCUACCGUUGCCACAAGUGCGGCAUGCUCUUCUGCACCGUGCAUGAAAAGGGCAAAACCGCGAAGACUCCCCCCGCACCCCUGACCACCUCAACGCCCGACUACAUGAUGCCCCCACCGGACCCCAAGAAGGAGAAGACCAGUCAGGCCCCCUCGCCGCCCAAGAGGGCGAAGCGUGCCCGACGCAAGGGGGCGGAGCCCGGAGUGGUGGCCUUGCGUAAGCACACAAGGGGGCUGCAGAAUAAAAUUGCCUAUGACAUAGAAGUGGUGCUUUAACU